AAAAAGGAUAUAUAAACAAGGGCUCUAAAAUUAUCAUUUCUUUAUUGUCUUUGCCUUAUCAAAAAGAAGAAGAAGGAUGCGAGGCUUAACUUUUAUCGCCGUUGUUGCUGCUGCUCUUGUUGGUCUCUCAAGCGCUGCUGAUCUGAGUGCUAGAUCAAGCGAAUCUAAGUUUCAUAAAGAUGAAUAUCAUCCUCAAUCUCGUCCAAAAGCAUGUCCUCCAGGUCUAAAGUACGACAUUGGUCGCAAAACUUGUAUAAAAAUUAAUGUCGAACAACUCAAGAAGCGUUGCACAGGAGUCCCUGAUGAAGAGUGUUAUGAAUAUUCCUUUGAUUCGCAAGGUUUUGAACAGGUCAAUCUGAAAAAAAGAGUACUGGAUAAGAAAAGAGCAAAGAAACCUGGUCUUUUCGAUGAUCUUCUAGGGCAUCUUUUAAAUAGCCCAAAUGGCGCUAAAGAUGGUAAAGGCUCUCAUAGAGUUAAACCUGCUGGUCCCGUUACUCCAAAUGAAAUCUCUCCUGCUCAAACUGGUCCUAGUACUAAAGGUACUGCCAGUGGUCAAGGCCCCACUCCUAGGUUAAAAAAGAGAAGAAUACCUAUUAGAAAAUCCCCAACUCGGCCAAUGAGACAAGUUGGUGCUCCUGCUUCCCCUCCUGCUUCUGCUGGUCUUAAUCCUGCCGGUCUUAAUCUUGUUAGUACUAUCCGUCCUCUUUUGUUUCCCUCUCGUCCUUCUUCACGUUUUGAUGGACAAAAAUCCCGUGCCAAGUCUAAGGAAAAAUCUACGUCUUAUAAGUAUCGUCCUGGUUCCCAAACUGGACUAUAGAAAUGAGUUCCUGCUUCUUCUCCUUCCAUUUAAAACAAAAUCGUUACCUUUCUACUAAUUUGAACUCUUUUGCUAGUAUGUUUGUAAAAACACAAAGUUGAAAUGUGAUGAAUAAAUAUCGUCUUAUUAGCUAC